AUGCUUCAGUCCCACGAUUCACCCGAUCUUGGUUUGAGUCGAUCGCCGAAAGAAGAACACUCGACACGAAAUAAAGACCACAAGCCAAAUCCAAAAGCCAUUGUCAUGCGACGAACCGCGCCCAUAAGACUGCGCAAUGCAAGUUCUAUAUCCUCAACAUUCCCCUACAGACCCUCUGGCGCCUCAACUAGCAAGAGGAAGCGCGCUCGAACCGCUGCUAGUACAACCCUAUCCAAAAGAAAAUCAGACACCGCUGCUCCUCCGAAUGCCCAGUGCGGCGUGAGAAUAGGGGACAUCGUUGGCCUAGCGCAACCUGAUGGCAUCACGCAGCAAUUCGCCAAGGUCUCAGAACUAUGUCCUUUUCACAACGAGCAAUUUGCUGUUGUCUGCGUCUGGCUCUAUACACGAGACGAGAUCGCCCAAGAUUUGAUUCGACAUGACCAUAGCCUCACCUCCACCUCCAGUAAUGAAACAUCCUGGCAACACCUGAACGAGCGGUGGUCAUUGAAACAGGAGCGGUACGAUGGAGACGAAUACAUGCUGAGUACAAAGCGGACAAUUGCGCUAUGGGACGCCACCACAAUUAAGCGUGCACCCGACGCCGUGGCCACGAAUAUAUGCCAGAAUUUAAUAUAUAAUAUCGAUCCCUCCGGGCGGAAGAUUUGUGACGUAAAUGAUCCCGUGUGGCGAUGGAUGAAGAAAAUACUUACGUUGAGGCCGGCGGGGCAUACAAUGUCGGUCCUGCGUUCAUGA